AAAACAGUAAUGGCCGCACUCGCUUGUGUAAGGAAGUAGUGUAAUUAAUCGAGCAAGAAGACGUAUUUGAUAUCCACAUUACGAGAAAUCACAUCCAGUAUGUCAACGACGCAGCAGCGCCUUGAGCGGCAGUUUGGUCAGUUGGAGGUCAGCGGUCGGCAAGGGGCCGACGGUCAAGCUACAGCAGUCCCCUACGCGACCAAGAAGGCCGGCCCGAUGGUGCCCCCGAAGCCAAAGUACGCGCCACACAGUGCCACAGUGACCAUACAGACAGCUCAGAUGCAAUCACAUAGAGGACCAAGCGGGUCACCGAUGGCCUCCACAACGACCUCCCACCGGACCAUCCACUACGCGCAGGACUCGGACGACGACCUACCCCCGCCCCCUCCCCCUCAGGCAUAUUCCAACUAUUCGGUGAACGAUGGCUUCCCACCUCCCCCGUCGGACCUACCUCCGCCGCCAUCCCCUCCGUCCGCACAGAUGGGCCGCGUCUACCCCGGGGCACAGCCGACAUAUGGCAGUCAGCAGCCCACGGUCAGGUCGCCCAGCCCCGUGAUAGUGAAGAAGCGGGGUUACCCGACGCCAUACGUACCGCCCUCACAGCAGCAGCAGCAGCCGCAGCAGCAGCAGCAGCAGCCGCAGCAGCAGCAGCCACAGCAGCAGCAGCAGCAGCAGCAGCAGCAGAUGUACCGCAGCGUGACGCCUACGUCGCCGCCGGCGACCGCACCGAAGCCGUCGCUGCAGGCGGUGGCGGCGCCGGUGGGGGCGCCGGUCGGGGCACCACCGGUGCGGCACGGCAAGGAGGCGGAGCUGGAUGCUCUGACGAACCUGCUCGUGCAGAGCAUGGACUCGGGCAACGACCCAGACUUUUUUGGUACGUGCGAAACCGUCGGUGUGUGUGCAAAGUGUGGCAAGAAGAUACAAGGUGAUGGCACUGGCUGCUCUGCCAUGGACCAGAUGUUCCACAUCGGGUGUUUCACCUGCACCAUAUGUGCUAAAAAGUUACGAGGAGUGCCGUUCUACGCUGUCGAAGGGAAGCCCUACUGUGAAGAUGACUAUUUCAACACGCUGGAGAAAUGCUCGAUCUGCUCGAAGCCGAUCAUGGACCGCAUCCUGCGCGCGACGGGCAAGCCGUACCAUCCCGGCUGCUUCACGUGCGUCGUCUGCGGCAAGAGCCUCGACGGAAUCCCGUUCACCGUCGAUGCCACCAACCAGAUACACUGCAUCGAGGAUUUCCACAGGAAAUUUGCUCCUCGCUGCGCGAUGUGCCACCAGCCGAUCAUGCCUGAGCAGGGCCAGGAGGAGACAGUGAGGAUCGUCGCGCUGGACAAGAGCUUCCACAUAAACUGCUAUCGGUGCGAGGACUGCGGAUGUCAGCUGUCGUCGGAGGCCGAUGGCCGGGGAUGCUACCCGCUGGACGACCACAUCCUGUGUCGGCAGUGCAACGCCGCUCGCAUCAACGCUCUCACGUCCCGCAUGACCACCGAGUUGUAGGCCGGCAGCGGCGGCGGCGGCGGCGAGCAGGGGGGGGACCUUCCUUGUACACGGGCGGCGACCGAGGGUCGCGUGGCGUGCGGGCGUGAUAUCGCGUUCAAACGCUAUGCACGCAGCUCCCCCGGGUGGCAUCGUUGAGGUGGUCGGGUGUGUGUGGGCGUGUGGCACGGAAGCAGAGGCACAUCCUCGACAUAACAUGGCUCAACACAGUAGUAGAUGGCAGUGGAUGGUCACUUGCCACCAGCGGGGAAAAUGAAGCAGCUGUUGUAGAAUUCGUCCCAAUGCAAAGCAUUUUCUGUAGAAUGAAGGUGGAGGCAGUAAAGGAAGUCUCUCAAUAAAGCAGGCUGGUUGGCUGCACUGGCGUCAGUGCGUCUGCCUGCAAUGAGUUUCACACAGUUGAAUGCAGUGCAAGUCUGUGACUCACUCUGUCUCUAAGGCCUUGCCGGCGAAAAACAAACAAAGAAAAGUCCAAUGAGCCAAAUCGAUUGGUUGACUCGAGGUUAUUUAAUUUUCUAUAAUUCCCCUCCCACACACAAGCACGUCAAUAAAUUUUUGCUAGCUGCAGGGUCAGAGUUAAAAUCUCUGUUCAUUAUAUAUUCACUCUCUGCUCAUCCUUCAGUGCAGCCACCCUGAGCGCAAGCAAUAUCAUGUAUUAGCCCCCUAUCAAUUACGUCUUCGUUUAUACAUUGCUCAAACCAUUCAAACAAAAUUCACCUCGUCUCUUGGGCUUUUACUCUGGUGUAAUCGUCGGCGGGUGAAGUGUGUCCGAGCAAGUAGCUAUGCUGACGUGUGUGCGCAGUGCAGGUGCAAGCACGGUAUAAACUCCCACACAUAGCGAGAGUUUAACAGCUGACAGCAUUAACGUAUGGUUGUAAAUAUUUUGCCUGAGCUUACUUUUGCUUAGUAUCCUACCUUUGUCGAUCACGAAAUGCACGCCCUGCUACUAACAGAAUGCAACGUAUACACAUCGAUGGUAGAUAUAUAUAUGUGGUGUAGCACUACAUCACAUUCUCCUGCUGUUAAUGUUAUCUAGACCGUGGAUCGACUAAGGCGGUUUAUUACUACCCGCGCCACGUGCAUUCUUGUUUCUGAGUAGAGGCAUGCGUAUUGUAGCGUGUACCCUAGUUGGUAGGUGAUGUGGCUUGCAUGGUACACAGCUGCCCCAAUCGGUGCAAAAAACUGCAGCUUCUAAGUCAAUCGGCGAGUUCUUGCGUCUUCACUGUCAUCCGCAAUCGAAACGUGUAGCAUAUGCAGGUUCGCUUAUGGCUUCAUUACGAUUUGCUUCUGCUGCAUAUCCUCUAUUGACUAAUUGCUGCAUGCGUAGUUGUUACUACUCAAUUAUUUCAUUAACGUAUCGGAAGAGUGGGUUAGGUUUCUUGUGGAUUCGGUAAUACGUGCCAUGCAUGUUUCGUUGAUUGAAUAAAAAACUGGUCGAUUUUAAUGCGAACUAAGCAGUCCACCUUAUCAACAUGCUUUGAAAGGGGAAAUUAUUUGUCCAGUCAGAUGAGUGAACUGUAAUUGUGUUGGGGAUAUAAUGCAUAGGCAUUGAAAACUCAUUGUCUACAUGCAAGUUCUUAUAUUUAGUUCAGCAGAGCGCCAACGCGUCGUGAUUAAGAGAAUAUAUAUAUCGAAUAUCCUGCUGUAAUGCCACUAUAUCGAAAUUCGACAAUGAUCUAGUCUCGAGGUUUAUUUACUCGUUUGCAAAUUGUUUUAACGCGAGGAUUUUAUCUGUAUUUAAAGGGCAGGGGUGAUUUUUUCGGAUUUUUACUUUAAUCAAUCGGUGUGAGGAGGGGCUGCGACCGAGCGUGCUGGUGUUGUGGUGACCCCGCCGUGGUCGUGCACCUAUGGCGGGGCGGGGGGGCUGCUGGUCGUCUGCCGUGCAUCUAGCACAACAGCAGGUUCGAUGUCCCGUGUGUGAGACAUGCCAAUUCCCUUUCUUGUACGUCUCGGAAGAGUGGUCUCGUACGCUGUUUGACAGUCCUUUAACGUUAAUGACUGACGUGUAUGUAUACCUGAAGUAGAUAAUAGGGAAUUCCUAUUAUCUACUUCUGAUGUAUACCCAAGUAUUUAUAGAAAAAUAAAUUUAUAAAAGGUAGCUGAAAAUCUUCGAAAAUUCUGUAAUCAGUUGUAUGGAUUUGUAAAACUUGUAUUUAUAAUGACUGAUAUAAAUGACAGUAAUAAAUGGCAUUUUUUGCAUAUGAAACACA